UGAUUUUAUCAUUGGCACGCCUCAGCUACGUCUGACGGUCAUAACACCAAUCCUCCACGCUGAUCUAUCUGCUUACAAGGUGUUGCAGCGCAAAAUGCUGCAACUACGUGGCCAGUAACGAGCCGUGACUCGCAAUGACGGCACUGCUACUUCAAGAUAUCAUUUCGUCGCGCCACCAUUGCAAUUUGCAAUGGAGGGUCCCCCUAGACAAGGGUCUUGCAUGAGCAACCUCGCCGAACAACGUGUGAAGGAUCGACGUCACAUCAAAGACCAUGUCUAACCAUGUCCCGACUCCCCCGAGCCCCUCGCUCCGGCAUCGGUACAACAUCUGCUUUCUACAUAGUACAUGAUAUACUAGCGGUUACCUCUGGUACCUGGUGUUCGGCAAAGACCUGUCGCUAUCGAAAAGGACUGUUUUGGGCGAAUUUCCAUGGCGCGUUGCUUAUUGAAUUGCUGCUUAGCACUAACUAGACACACUGCUCUUUACUGCCUGGUUCCGCCGGUCACUUUGCCACGAUACGUUUUCACAUCAGAGAAGCUAGUAUACAUCUUCGACCGAGUUGCACAGAAUUGGUUUCUCAUCCUCGCCGAACAUCAAAGAAACUCGGAGCGGAUCACAGCACUAACUAAGAAAGAUCCCCUCAAGGCUCGAGCCGUUACCGCCCAGCUCCACUGUGGACGGACGCACGAGCCGCCACCGCCAAUUGGACACGAAAUGCAGAGUCGGGAGUCGGAAGACACGAAUGAAUGCCGACCUGCCAGCCUGACAAACUGCUCGUUUUCAAUUCGUACUGUACAUAUAAGGCAAAGAAAAUUGCAAUUUCAGCCUACACCGCCGACUUUUGAGUUUUGA